UGGUUACAGUCUCACUGACUGAAGCACCGCUGCUCGCGACAACAGUCAGCUGGGGAGAGACAGGCGUUUGCGCGCGCACGUGCCGACCAACCGGGAAGCGAAGCGAAGCGCAAGCUGAGCAAGACCCCGUACAACAGUACAAAGUCGAGGAGAUUUCUACCCACUACAUCCAUUCCGUCCCCAUCAUGGCCGACCCAGAGGCUGCGGAGGGCGAGGGGGGCGCGCGAGGCUUCGCCAGGCAGGGCGCGCUGAGGCAGAAGAACGUGCACGAAGUGAAGGACCACAAGUUCAUCGCGCGCUUCUUCAAACAACCGACCUUCUGCAGCCACUGCACCGACUUCAUCUGGGGUUUCGGCAAGCAGGGCUUCCAGUGUCAAGUGUGCGGUUUCGUGGUCCACAAACGCUGCCAUGAGUUUGUUACUUUUUCAUGCCCUGGGGCCGACAAGGGCCCCGCAUCAGAUGACCCUCGAAGUAAGCAUAAGUUCAAGGUACACACAUACUCCAGCCCCACAUUCUGUGACCAUUGUGGUUCUCUACUGUAUGGGCUCAUACACCAGGGGAUGAAAUGCGACACUUGUAUGAUGAAUAUUCAUAAACGAUGCGUGGAGAAUGUUCCCAGCCUGUGUGGAACAGACCACACCGAGAGGAGAGGACGGCUGCAAAUCAUUGCUAGUAUCACAAAUAAUGUUCUCACCGUGACCAUCAAGGAAGCUCGUAACUUGGUGCCAAUGGAUCCAAACGGCCUGUCGGAUCCAUACGUGAAGCUUAAACUAAUUCCAGACCCAAAGAGCGAGAGCAAGCAGAAGACCAAAACCAUCAAGUGCUCCCUCAAUCCUACCUGGGACGAACACUUCAGCUUUAACCUCAAAGAUACAGAUAAAGACAGGCGUCUGUCAGUGGAGGUGUGGGAUUGGGAUCUGACCAGCAGAAAUGACUUCAUGGGGUCGAUGUCUUUUGGCAUCUCUGAGCUGCUGAAACAAGGAGUCGACGGAUGGUUUAAAUUGCUGGGCCAAGAGGAAGGGGAGUAUUUCAACGUUCCAGUUCCACCAGACGGAGAGGAGGGCAAUGAAGAACUGCGGCAGAAAUUUGAGAGAGCCAAGAUUGGCCCUGGCACUAAGAAUACAGAUGGCUCUUCAAAGAAUGACAUCUCCAAAUACGAUGCCAAUGGCAACCAAGACCGCGUCAAGCUCUCAGACUUCAACUUCAUCAUGGUGCUGGGCAAAGGCAGCUUUGGCAAGGUGAUGCUGGCCGAGUGCAAGGGCUCCGAUGAGCUGUACGCAGUCAAGAUCCUGAAGAAGGAUGUGGUCAUUCAGGAUGAUGAUGUGGAGUGCACUAUGGUGGAGAAGAGGGUUCUCGCUCUCUCUGGCAAACCACCCUUCCUCACCCAGCUCCACUCGUGCUUUCAGACCAUGGACCGUCUUUACUUUGUGAUGGAGUACAUCAACGGCGGAGAUUUGAUGUAUCAGAUACAACAAGUGGGAAAAUUUAAGGAACCCCAUGCUGUGUUCUAUGCUGCAGAAAUUGCCAUCGGCUUGUUCUUUCUUCAUUCAAAGGGCAUUAUUUACAGAGAUCUGAAGCUGGAUAAUGUGAUGUUGGACGCUGAAGGCCACAUUAAAAUUGCAGAUUAUGGCAUGUGCAAGGAAAACAUGUUUGAUGGGGCCACAACCAAAACCUUCUGUGGCACUCCAGAUUACAUUGCCCCAGAGAUCAUUGCAUAUCAGCCGUAUGGCAGGUCUGUCGACUGGUGGGCUUAUGGAGUUCUCCUCUAUGAAAUGCUGGCUGGACAGCCACCUUUUGAUGGUGAGGAUGAAGAUGAGCUUUUCCAGUCCAUCAUGGAGCAUCAUGUGUCUUACCCCAAAUCCAUGUCCAAAGAAGCAGUGGCUAUAUGCAAAGGGCUGAUGACCAAGCAUCCAGGGAAGCGUCUGGGCUGUGGACCGGAGGGAGAGCGAGACAUUAAGGAACAUGCUUUCUUCCGCUACAUGGACUGGGAAAAACUACAAAAUAAAGAAGUUCAACCUCCCUUCAAACCUAAAGCAUGCGGUCGAGACGCAGAGAACUUUGAUCGUUUUUUCACCCGCCAUCCUCCCGUCCUGACCCCUCCUGACCAGGAAGUGAUUCAAAACCUGGACCAAGAUGAAUUUCAGGGCUUCUCGUACAUUAAUCCAAAUUUUGCAUCUGUGAAAUCCAAGUAGCCAGUUUUAGCCAAGCUCAAAAUAGGGACCAAUGAGAUUACAGAUCUUCAAAAUUAGCCAAUGAGAGAGUUUGGCCAGAUUGAUGGACGUAGUUUUUGAUUCAUAUUGUUCCUUCCUGCUUAUUAUAUUUUGUUUGAUUUAAAAGGAUCAUGGAAAGAGAUUAACUUUACCUUUGUAAAAGAACCUAUAAGGAGUGUAUUUGUGGCAGCCUUGCGAGAUUCUGACUAUUUGAUGCUUAUAUAUCAUAGACUGUAGUUUUAUAGAUUUAAAAAAGAAUAAAUCCAGUGUUAUGGACACAUUUCACCCCAGAUAUUAUAUAUAUAUGAGAAUUUAAGAAAAAAAAAAAAAUGCACUCAAAUGCACUCAAAUGUGAUAAUGUGACAACACAACAAGAUUGGAAUUGUUUUAAAAAUAGGCUUAAUUUUAUUUAUUAUCAAUUUGUUUCUCAUUAUUUUCUUUUCAUUUUGGGGUGAAAUGUGACCUAGACCUGUCCUAGAGGUUUUGUGAGAUUCACUCAUUGUCUCGGAUCAAGCAUAUCUUUGGAAUAUUAAAUAUAGCUGUCAAAUCUAUCUUUCUCCCCACAUGCAAACGUGCACACAAAGUCCAUGCAUCUCAGAUGAACCAUUUACUGCUUAUUGAUCAGGAUGUUUACUGGGUCUCACCCCAUUUUAGUGCUUUUUUCGGUUGGGUGUUGUACGUGUGUUUGUGUGAAACUGUGCCAAGUCAGAGAAUAAAGUUUAAGAGCUGGUCAUGCAGCGUGUAGUUUUCCAACCAGAGCUGCUUGGAUACUCAUAACCACAUCCUUAAACCAACUGGAUGUGAUCGUGAUGUGACUACAACAACUUAAUUCCAGACAUGAUGAUGAUGUAACUACUUACAAGAGCAUAUCUUUUAUGUCAUUAUUCUGCCAAAUCUGUGAUGUAUGACUUGUUAUCUGUGCCUGGCAGUGUUUGGAUCAAAUUACUGUGAAACUGUGGACAGACUGUUUCUAUAGAGGAAAAUAUAUGAAUAUGUAUUUGGAAUAUAUUCAUGAUUUUUGUAUGUCUAUAUUUUGUUUCUUCUCUGUGUUUAUUCUCGCAUACACAACCAGUGCCGAAAUGUAGUCUCUGAAUACUGAUAUUUUAGGAUAUAUUAAAUAUGGUUAAUAAUAUG